AUGCUUUCUGAAGACUGUCUGGUCCUAGAACGGAUGCUUUCUGAAGACGGUCUGGGCCUAGAUGAGAUGCUUUCUGAAGACGGUCUGGGCCUAGAUCAUCCUCUUUCUGAAGACUGUCUGGGCCUAGAUGAGAUGCUUUCUGAAGACGGUCUAGGCCUAGAUGAGAUGCUUUCUGAGGACGGUCUGGGCCUAGAACGGAUGCUUUCUGAAGACUGUCUGGGCCUAGACGAGAUGCUUUCUGAGGACGGUCUGGGCCUAGAACGGAUGCUUUCUGAAGACUGUCUGGGCCUAGAUGAGAUGCUUUCUGAGGACGGUCUGGGCCUAGAUGAGAUGCUUUCUGAAGACUGUCUGGGCCUAGAACUGAUGCUUUCUGAAGACUGUCUGGGCCUAGACGAGAUGCUUUCUGAAGACAGUCUGGGCCUAGACGAGAUGCUUUCUGAAGACAGACAGGCAGUUCCAGACCCCUCAAGCCUAUAUGCUGGAGAGAAGUGCUCAGUAAAGAAUCUGUUCUCAUCUCUUCUACAGGCAUUCAACAUCCAUGUGAAUAGCGUUCUGCACUGUCAGGUACGCUAUAGCCAGCUGCUCGGCCUACACCAACAGAUAAAGAAGGAAUAUGGGAACAACGUGGUACCCGCUUUCCCCCCAAAGAAAAUAUUCACGCUGACGCCGGCCGAGGUGGAGCAGAGACGAGAACAGCUGGAGAAAUACAUGCAAGCUGUGCGACAGGACCCCAUGCUCGGAGCCAGUGAGAUGUUCAACAGCUUUCUAAGGAAAGCCCAGCAGGAGACCCAGCAGAUUCCAACAGAAGAGGUACCUCUGGAGAUCUACCUGUCUAAGAGGCAGAAGGUCACGGUCAACAUCCUGACCUCUGACCAGACAGAGGACGUCCUCGAGGCUGUUGCGUCGAAGCUGGACCUUCCAGACGACCUUGCUGGUUACUUCAGUCUCUUCCUGGUUCGGGAAGGAGUGGACGGGGGCUUAACGUUUGUGAGGAAGCUGCAGGAUUUUGAGCUGCCGUACGUAUCUGUCACCAGUUUACGAAGCUCGGAGUUCUACAUCGCCCUUCGUAAAAG